GUCAAGCAAGAAAUUUUUAAGCUUCUUUGCUUUGCUACCUUGCAUUGUUUUCACAUUGAUACGUGUAUAGAGUAGGAAGCUAAGAGACUGAGCUAGAAAGAGAUAUUCUUGGAUUACUUAGCCGUUUUUUUGGUUUUGUGAGUAGGCAAAGUACACACAAAAAAGAAGAAGGUUGUGACAAAGAAGGAGCGAUAGUUAAUGGAGAUGGAGAGUGAAACACAGCAGUCUAGAUUUAGGAGGAUUUGUGUGUUUUGUGGGAGCAGCCAAGGCAAGAAGAGUAGCUAUCAGGAUGCUGCUAUUGAGCUUGGCAGAGAAUUGGUCUCAAGGAACAUUGAUCUGGUCUAUGGAGGAGGUAGCAUAGGCUUGAUGGGUUUGGUUUCACAAGCUGUUCAUGAUGGUGGUCGCCAUGUCAUUGGAGUUAUUCCCAAGACGCUCAUGCCUCGAGAGUUAACUGGUGAAACAGUAGGGGAAGUGAAGGCUGUUGCAGAUAUGCAUCAAAGGAAGGCAGAGAUGGCUAAGCAUUCAGAUGCUUUUAUUGCCUUACCAGGUGGUUAUGGAACUCUGGAAGAACUGCUUGAAGUGAUUACCUGGGCUCAGCUUGGAAUACAUGACAAACCAGUUGGCUUGCUGAAUGUCGAUGGAUACUAUAAUUCAUUGCUUUCUUUUAUAGACAAAGCUGUGGAAGAGGGAUUUAUUAGUCCAAGUGCACGCCAGAUCAUUGUAUCUGCACCUACAGCAAAGGAGUUAGUAAAGAAAUUGGAGGAAUAUGUCCCCUGCCAUGAAAGAGUUGCUUCAAAGUUGAGUUGGGAGAUGGAGCAGCUUGGCUACUCUAAAACAUAUGAUAUAUCUAGGUAAUGCGUGGAGUGCAUGAAGGAGAAGGUAGAUGGAAUUUGGAAGGCUCUAAUUGAAAAAGACUCAAAAAUUUCCUUUAAUGGGGGAAUUCUUUUUGUAAAUUACUGCUAUUGACAUCAUACAUGAACUUGAACCUUCUCUUUUAGUGGAAAAAUUGAUUCUCUUUUAAAUUGUAAGUACUAAAUGCUUAUGAACAGUGCCCUUUAAAAUGUUAACUAAUUUGUAUCUCCACUGGCUUUUAUUUACCUGAUCA